CUGUGUACACUGUAUGUGUGCACACUCUGUGUGUGUGUGUGUGUGUGUGUGUGUGUGUGUGUGUGACUGCGACCUCCCCCAUUGUAAGCUCAUACUUCCUUGGAAGAUUGUGGAUGUGUAUCAGACUGAGGAAUGGAGCAGAGAGCAACCACAUCUGGGACACAGGGAAUGGAGGGGACACAGGCGAUGAAUGGGACACAGGGGACAGAAGAGGCACAUGGGGUGAAUGGGACACAGGGGCUGAAUGGGACACAGGGAGCAGGUGUGGAGAAUCCAGCCUUUCAAACUCAGGAAUUCAUUUGUAUUGAUUUGGUGGAUGACAGACCGACAGAGGAGUGCAAGGAUGGAACAGAGCACAGUCACAGAAAAAGAUUCUUGGAGAAGAAACUCGAGGCUUUUCAUCGGCGUCUGGAAAAGCACAAACGGAAACUCCACCUUUUCUUCGGAGGGGCGUUCCUGGCAGGGUAUGUUGCCAUGGUGAUUGCGGCGUGCGUGCAGAACUUUGAGCGGGCCGUGGCGCUCCUGGUGCUCACCCUGGUGGGGGCUUUCUUCCUGGCGUGGGACGCCCUGAUGCGGCGGUACGAGCCCCGCCUGCAGAAGCUCCUGAAACCGGCCGGACGCGCCGUCCAGAAGCAGCAGCACUGGCUCAAAUGGGUGGUGCUGGUGCUGCUCCUGGUUGCUGUGGUUUGCUGGCUGGUAUUGGACACAGCCAAACAAGGCGCCCGACCGCUGGUCUCUUUCGCUGGCCUCAUCACAUAUGUGCUGCUGAUGGUCAUCUUCUCCAGGAAUCCUUUCAGGGUGUCGUCCCGAGUGGUCGUGUGGGGGGUUGCGCUGCAGUUCCUGUUCGGGCUGCUGAUUCUCAGGACGAAGGCGGGGUUCACUGCAGUUGAUUGGCUGGGGCAGCAGGUGGAGGUUUUCCUGGCGUACACAGACGAUGGCUCUAGGUUUGUUUUUGGUGACAAAUUCACGGACCAUUUCUUUGCAUUCAAGGUCCUGCCCAUCGUGGUAUUCUUCAGUACAAUAAUCUCCAUGCUGUAUUACCUGGGCUUCAUGCAGUGGCUCAUUCUGAAGGUUGGGUUUAUCAUGCACAUCACCAUGGGAACAUCUCCUGCGGAGUCGAUGGUGGCAGCAGGGAACAUAUUCGUGGGACAGACGGAGUCGCCACUCCUGAUUCGUCCAUACAUAAACCAGCUGACCAUCUCAGAGAUCCACGCGGUGAUGACAGGCGGCUUCGCCACCAUCGCUGGCAGCGUCCUGGGAGCCUUCAUCUCCUUUGGGAUCCAGGCAUCCCACCUGCUCACAGCCUCAGUGAUGUCAGCUCCUGCCUCCCUCGCCAUUGCCAAAGCCUUCUGGCCUGAAACGGAGAAACCGAAAAUCACCAGGAAGGGCUUGACCCUGGAGAAAGGGGAAGGCAGGAAUCUUCUGGAAGCAGCCUGUCACGGGGCCUCGGCCUCCAUCGUGCUGGUGGCCAAUAUCGCUGUGAACCUCAUCGCCUUCCUGGCCCUGCUCAGCUUCCUCAACGCUGCCCUCUCCUGGCUGGGGAACAUGUUUGACUACCCCCAGCUCAGCUUCACUCUCAUCUGCUCAUACGUCUUCAUGCCCUUCUCCUUUCUGAUGGGCGUGGCCUGGGACGACAGCUUCAUUGUGGGAGAGCUGAUUGGCUUAAAGACCUUCUUUAAUGAAUUUGUUGCAUACGAGCGCCUGUCUGAGCUUAUUCAGAAGAGGAAUGACGGGGGACCGGUGUAUGAGGAUGGCGUCAAACAGUAUCUCUCUGUUCACUCUGAAACCAUAGCAACGUACGCACUGUGUGGCUUCGCCAACAUCGGGUCCCUGGGUGUGAUGAUUGGCGGCCUAUCUGCCAUGGCUCCGGAGAGGAGAGGCGACAUCUCCAGGUGUGCGAUCCGGGCGCUGGUGGCCGGGACCGUGGCCUCCUUCAUGACGGCCUGCGUGGCAGGAAUUCUGUACAUACCUCCGUUUGACUGUCAAGGCUUCUUGGUGGACCAGUUCAACUCCUCCACGCUGGCUAACAGCUCAGACCUGCACCAGUGCUGCUUGGACGUCUAUCGCUGGACGACGAUAAUCAGUCCCUCCAAUGUCACCAUUGGGGGAGGGUACUCACUGGACAUGCUCACCAACUGCUGCUCUGUCACAAAUACCACAACCCUGCCCUGCAGCUACACCCUUCCCUAAAGACCACACCCACAGCCCCACCCUGCAACUCCACCCUUCCCUAAAGACCACACCCACAACCCAACACUGCAGCUACACCCUUCCCUAAAGACCAAACCCAAAGCCCCACCCUGCAACUCCACCCUUCCCUAAAAGCCACACCCACAACCCAACACUGCAGCUACACCCUUCCCUAAAGACCACACCCACAACCCAACACUGCAGCUACACCCUUCCCUAAAGACCAAACCCAAAGCCCCACCCUGCAACUGCACCCUUCCCUAAAAGCCACACCCACAACCCCACACUGCAGCUACACCCUUCCCUAAAGACCACACCCACAACCCAACACUGCAGCUACACCUUUCCCUAAAGACCACAAGCACUGCCCCACUCUGCAGCUACACCCCUCCCUAACAACCAUGCCCACAGCCCCACCCUGCAGCUACAAUCUUCCCUAAAGACCAAAAGCACUGCCCCGCACUGCAGCUACACCCCUCCCUAAAGACCAUACCCAUAGCCCCACACUGCAACUCCACCCUUCCCUAAAGACCACACCCACAACCCAACACUGGAGCUACACCCUUUCUUAAAGUCCACACCCACAGCCAGCCUUGCAGGUCCAGAUUUAUCAAUCAUCUACACUGGAAACUCCCGAUUUUGAGGCCUGCAGGCUUAAGUUCAGUAUUGCCCAAUAGUUGGUACAAAUUUGCAUUGUUUACAAAAUUAGCUUGUGCACUAAUGCCUAACCACAGCAAAAAUAGUUUGGUAGCUGGCAGCUACAUUGCUAGACAGUCUGUUAGUUAACUGGAACUGUUUGCAGCAGCCUAUAAUGUUAGCCGCUAACACCAAUAUAGUUUUUAGCUGUGUAGUUACAUGCUUUCUUGCACAAUAGAUAGCCAGCUUGUUUACGAGCAGGCAGAAAAAUGGACAUGCUGCCUAACAUUCUCAACCUUACAUCAUUUGUGAAGCACUACCUACACAUGUAUGCUUUCUGGCUAAAGUUUCGAACGAUUUUUAGCUGGAAAAUAUUUUGAGGAAAUCCACUACUGAAUGAAGGUUAUGUAAUGUAUAAUGUACAAGCAUAAUUUAAUAUUUGUCAUGCAUCGCCUCAUUACAAUACGUAGUUGA